UGCACACUCUCAGCUACCAGCCACCCGCAACAGAGAGUAGAGAGAGUAGAGAGUGAGCCGCGAGCUGUACGCUACGGUCACUCACCACACACACACACACACACACACAGUCCGCGAUGACAGACGGUCGGCCAGUCUACACCACACCGUCCCAUGGAUUCCCACCUGCACCGUUCAUCAUCGUCGUUCCUCCUCCUCAACGACGGUGGCGGCGGCGGCGGCGGUGGAGGCGGAGGAGGAAGAGAAUUUCCAUGGACGGGCGCCCCAAUGAACGCGUCGUCAUCAUGUAUGUACACGACUCCUCCUCCGCGGGCUCGUCUUCACCUUUAACCAUUGAUUCCUUCCCGGUAAUAAUAAUAAUAGUAUUAUCAACAACAUCAAUCAUCACCAUCACCAGCGACAUCCUCUCACGGAUCACACACAUCGACCUCCUCGCACGCAUCAGUUCAUCUGCGGGAUAUUCCUCCUCGCCUGGACGACCGUUUGCGCCACGCCAUACUGGACACCCACGGCCGUUUCCCCUUCACCACCAGCAGCCGCCACACCCUCGCGCGACCCUCACCGUUCCAGCACCGUCGUCCCCGUCUCUCUCCUCCUCGUUAUCACCGUCGUCAUCCUCGUCGACGAUAUCUCCCUCUGCGCGACCGUUGGGCCUAGGGGACCACACGAACACGAUCCCUCCGACCUGACACACACGCGCCCGCGCCCGCGCCCGCACGCACCACGCGCCGCCAUGAACUCCGUCGGCAUGUCCCAAGCGCCCACCACCACCGCCGCCGACCCGUCCGGUCCACGUUCUCGCGGCUUCAGCUUCAAGAGCGACCGCAGUGGCGCCUCCAAGGGCUCCAAGCCGAAAGAGGACCCGGCGGAAUCGUCGUGGGACAAGCACCGCCGGGACACCUACUUGCAGUCCAGCAAGGCUAACCCCAAUGCUGCCCUGACCGAAGUCCAACCCGCUGGUACGUCCUCGUCCUCGUCCUCGUCCUCGUCGUCCUCUGUCUGCCCGUGCGCCCGGUCAUCCACCGAUCGGUCUGAUCGCG